GAGAGAAUGGCAGGCUGUGCGUGUGUCACACACAAAAGUAGGCAUUCAUAACAGCAAGAGGAAGAGAAGCUAAAAGCUGCUGACAAACACAUUAUGAUGAUACUUUGUGAUGUGGAUUUAAAGGCCUCUGGAUUAUCAAAUCACUGGAUUGUAAAGCACAGGACAGAGCCUGGAGAUCAUGGAAUCUGUGAGCACUGUGUCAGCACAGGCUAACCAAUCGCAGCACAGCAACUCCUCACUGGCCUCUGAUUUGUCAGCGAGCUCGUCGGAGUACAGUGACCCUGAACUUGUGCUGCUGGGUGCUGCAAUGGCCAUUCUGGUUCUGGCCAUAGUUUUUGGUAACGUCCUGGUGAUUACCGCCAUCCUGCGGUUCCAACGACUCCAAACAGUCACCAACCUCUUCAUCGCCUCUCUGGCUGUUGCUGACCUCAUCAUGGGCAUGGUUGUGGUGCCCUUUGGCUCCAGCUACAUCCUGCUGGAGCGCUGGCAGUUUGGAAACUUCAUGUGUGAGUUCUGGACGGCCACUGAUGUGCUGUGUGUGACAGCCAGUAUAGAAACACUGUGUGUGAUUGCUCUGGACCGCUACCUCGCCAUCACCUCGCCACUCCGAUACCCAAUGCUGCUCACCAGGGGUCGUGCCUUGGCCGUGAUCCUCGGGGUUUGGGCAGUGGCCUCCCUCAUCUCUUUCCUGCCCAUUCAUCUGAAGCUGUGGGUGUCACGUGAGGAUGAAGCUAAGCGGUGCUUGGCCGAUAUGUACUGCUGCGACUUCAACACCAAUGCAGCAUAUGCUGUGUCCUCCUCCAUUGUGUCCUUCUACCUGCCACUGGUGGUAAUGAUUUUCUUGUACAGCCGGGUUUUCCAGGAGGCGCAGAAACAGCUGGAGAAGAUCAGAGGCAGGGAGAGGCAUUUUUAUAACUUGCAUUACACUGCACAGCUGGCUUAUCCCAAUGAUAGCCCUACAAUGAAUAAACUCAGGGUAGGAACUGAGGUGGGAGAACAAGCAGGGGAGGACAGACUAAACAUGCAGAAAAUGGGAGUAAGGACAGAAAAGGGGGAAGGAAAAAACUCCACUACAAAGCGUCUAAAGUUUUGUCUUAAGGAGCACAAGGCUGUAAAAACUCUGGGGAUUAUCAUGGGAACAUUCACACUGUGUUGGCUGCCAUUCUUCAUCCUCAACAUCCUCAUGUCCUUCCUCAACUUGGGUGACAUUAAGCUGCUCUUCAGACUCCUCAACUGGCUGGGAUACUCCAACUCAGCUUUCAACCCGCUCAUCUACUGCCGCAGCCCUGACUUCAGACACGCCUUUCAGGAAAUACUCUGUCUGAGGAGCAAAGUGGGAGGCUGGGGAGGGAGGAGAGGAUGGGGAUGGUGCAGAGAGAGAGAUUGUUACUCCAAGUCCCCAGGUAGGACGAAUGGGGACUCAGACCUGAGUGGUGUCAGGGGGGUGGACAAUCAGCAGACGUCAGCAUGGGAGGGCAGUCUGGAGAGCUCUAUCCGAGACAGCCCGCUCACUCUGGCUCUUCCAACGUCUCGCUGUGAGCAGGUUUUAGAAGUAGCUCCAGGUUCUCUGACAAACUGGCGGGCCAACAGUUCUGCCAAUGGGAGCUUUAAAGAAAAUAUGGCUUCUACUGCUUGACCAAAUAAGAUGUCAGAAUUCACACUGUGCAGUAAACACUAGUUUGAUGGAGCUUAUAUUGGUUGUGUCUUUUUGGUCAUUUUGAGGCUGCAGCUCAGUGCGGUUAGCAAAUACCCCAUUAAGUGUGCUUCAGUCAAUGUUACUUUUACUUGUGUUCAUUGUUCCUCUUUGCUGCUCCAGAUCACAACUACGACAGCGGCUACACAAGUAAACCAUGUUUAGCAGGAUUCAUCAGCUUUAAAAGAGGCAUGACUUAAACUUUUAAGUGAAUAUUCAAGGCAUCGCAACACAAUGUAUUGAGGCACCAAAAAUCGCAUUCACAACGAUUCAGUGCAAAAAUGUGCAAAAUGUAUCGCCUCAAAAAUAAUGAUAAACACACAACAAGAACAGCUGCAUUCACAGAGUGAAACCAAACAGUAGGAGCUUCAUCAAACUGGUAUAACAGGUUUAUUAUUGGAAGGUGUUUCUGUUAUUUUGUCAACCCCUUGUUUAUAGAAAAUGGACACCAGACAGGCGAUGUCAUAAUGGACUGCAUAUGAAUUGCUACUGAAAUACAGGAAAAAUAAGAGUAAAUUAUUAAAGGAUAAGUGUGCUGUUCCCUUUAUCACAGUAAAGAAGAGAAAAGGCUUUAAUGACCGCUGUUUUUAACACUGCAUACGGUAUUUUGGCAAUUUAUACCAGGGCCCGAUUGGUCAGUUUGGAUGACUGGGAUUCACAUGAAAACACGCAUUCUGCAUUUUCUUAAAGCCUAAAUAAGCAUCAAUCAAAGUUAAACAAUACAUUAGUUACUAAGAGUCAAAAACUCAGCUGAUCUGCUCCAUUAAGACUGUGUGGGUGUGAUUUGAUCGCAGAAAUCUCUCAUGUUAAAUCAUGAAAAAUCGAACUUUGGCAGAAAAUUGUGUGUUCUUGUGUGAUCCCAUCAUCCACAGUAAGAACUGUGAGGUGAAUUUGAAUAAACAUUUAGAUAUAAUCCCGCUGCAGUCGUUAGGUAUUUAUUAAUUAAGACCUGCCUGUGGCCAAGCUGCCACACAAGGCAGGAAGCACAAGCAGGAAUUCAGCACCACAUUUAUAGUGCUAAUAACUCUGUCUGCCAAGAACACAAGUGCAAGUCGCAGAUCCAAACAAAGCCUCCACAAAGCAGAGAUAAAAAAAACAUUUUGUUUGCCCUGUGGCUAAAAGUCUUAUUUGAAAGAGAGGGUCACAUUUGAGGAUCACUUGUAAUAACCAACCUCAGACUAUCAGACUAUCUCCCUGUUAUUCAUUCCUUCCUAAUAAACCUCAUAGCUGGUGCAAAACCAUUUGUGUAUCAGACCUGAGACCCAAACUUGUGACUACUGCUCUUUCUCUCUCUACUGCUUGUUCCUUUCAUCACAUAUUUGCUGGCUCUAUUUUCUCAGUUUCUCUCUCCAAACAUUUCUAUCUAUCAACUCUUAACUGUUAUCCUGUCGGCUUUACUUCUUUUAUAGUAAGGACAUUGUAAUCUGUCAGACGGAGCUGGGGAGAUCACCAAUUCAUGCAGUGGAAUCUGUUCCCAUAACAUCGUGCUGCUGCACUCUGUAAAACCAUAGCAAUCAAACAACACAUAUUUUAAGUGCUUACCUUUAACGUUUCUCAGAAACUUGGUUGAAGGGAAGAUCAAUAUCAUUAUAUUCCAAAUUCAUCCUAAAUACUGUGUAAAGACUCCCUACAUCAGAUCACAUUAUACUCUUAAUUACAUUUGGGAAAUACCCUCCCCAGCCCAGCCUCUACAUGUAUAGCUAAUUAUUUAAUUGGAGUAAAAAAAAAACAAAACCUGAGGGUCAAUAAUUGGUGAUGGUGUACUGUAAAAAUGAUCUACACGUGUCUGCUUGCAUGUAUGAUUUGUGUACUUGUGAUUAUUGUGUACUUGUAAUUAUUGUGAUUAUUGAUUAUGUGUGCAUUUUAAAAAAAACUUGAAACAUGCCACUGAAUAUUUGUAAUGUACUGAAGCGUGAGUGAGAUUAGGAUUAACCAAAAAGUCGGAAAAGACAGUAGUUUAGUUUUCUCUUUGAAAUCCAAUUGAAUUUUCAAAUUCAACAGAAUUUGAAAUGAAAAAAAAAAAAAAGAACAACUGAGUUUCAAAUGCUUUCCGACGGUUGUCUGAAUUUACAGGCAUUGAUUGCGCUGUCAUGUGUAAUAAUCGAAUUUAUCCGAGCAAGAGUUGAGCCAAGAGCUGUUUUGUUGCGCUUUCUGUAUCACAUCUGUCUUCAUCAGAUUACACACGUCGAGCAGCACUGAAACACUGAGUCUACACUUAUGGUAUUAGUGUGUCUGUCUUGGGAAACUUAGCCACAUCUGAAAUGUGCUUUGUUGAAACUGAAGUGUAGCUUGUCAGUAAAGGAACAGGAUUCUUUUCUACCUCCAUCAGAGUCACAUGAAUGUCAUCUCAUCUCUGUAAAUAUUUAUUCAAACGCUGUUGUACAUGUCUGUGUGUAAAAGGACGAAAUUUUGAAAUUGUAUCGUUUUGAAAGUGUUGCUAAGCUAUGCCUGUGUGUGUGUGUGUGUGUGUGUGUGUGUGUGUGUGUGUGUGUGUGUGUGUGUGUGUGUGUGUGAUCAACAUAGUGAGGUCGAAGUUAAAAUGUGCCAAACAUGACUGCAGACAAAUAAGAGUGCAGAAAAUCAGCUUAAUAUCUAAUAAGACCGUUCACAGCUUACUUUCUAACAAACGACCUGGGGCUAUUUGGCCAAACAAGUCAGGCUCGCUUAGCCGUCUAGACAAGUCAACCAAAUAUGUGUAGCUUACAACCUUCUUUGGGAUUUGUUGCGGUUGUUGUUUGGUUACAAAUUGCUUGUGAAAAAGAGCAGUGCGGGAACAGAUUCUUAGACUGAUUGCUACUCUAAUCCUUCCUUUUAACGGGGCCGGCUGCUGCAUAACAACGUUCCCAUCUUAGCAUUGGCGCCCGCUGACAAUCGAUAAUGGAAACAACGGUUUUGUCAUGUAGCCAGCUGGGCUAAAAAAUCAUUCUGACAGAGAAGGAACUGCAUGCUGUUGCCCAAACCCAGCAUUCAUCAAUCUAAUUAAAAAGCCGGCCAUAGUUUAAAAAAUUUCCAUAACCCUGGAAACUUUGAAAAAACUUCAAGAGGCUCUUUGUCAACAAAUAAGAUGAGAAUGGGAAACGUGAUUCACAUCGCACUGCAGCUUUAACCUUUUUAACUAAGCCCACUGGACAGACGCCUUUUGUGCUUAUCCAGUCAUCCAAGUUACUCUUGAAGACUCGGCUCGUCUGUUUGCAUUCGAGUUUACGCCUGUGAGCGUGUGUUUGUGUGUUUGUGUGUGUGAGGCAUGACGUACAGUGACAGGUGCAGGCGGUCACAGCAGCUACAGUAUCAGCUGCUGCAGGGGAAAUACAAUCAGCUAUACUGCCUCAAUACACACUCACACACAUGCACAUGCACAGCAAGGCACUGUGUGUAUGUGUGUGUGUGUGUAUGUGUGUGUGUGUGUGUGUGUGUGUGUGUGUGUGUGUGUGUGUGUGUGUGUGCGUGUGUGUGUGUGUGUGUGUGACCUGUUUCCACGGAAGAACUUUCCACUUUAGGUAUGUUAAAAUUAAUGUAUGCCCUUAUGUUGUGUGUUCUGUAUACCAACUGUAUGUACUAGUGUCCUGGGUAUUGUGUUCAUUUUCAUUUGUGUUUGUUUUUUAGUAAUAAAAUGUGCAAUACGAUUGUCCUCAAAA